ACCUCCACCAACCAUCUUCCUCCACCUCACUGAACCGCCAUUGUUAACGGAUUCUUUUUUCCCUUACAUUGUCAUCUAUCUAUAUAUAAUUAUAUAUAUCAAACCCUAGCUCUACCAUUCUCUCUUUUACACAGAAAACCAAUCUAUCUUUGAUAUUCUAGGGUUUCGAGGACUCUCUCUCUAUCUCUCUUUCAAUGAAUCUGUAGGGGAGGUUUCCACAUUGUGGUCAAAUGAAUCGUCUCUCACUCCCUGUUACCGCUUUCUCUCUCUACAUUCUCUCUGUAGUCCUGCUGGUCUCCUCCGCAUCAGACUCGGAGCUCCGAUGCCUACUCGAAUUCAAGAAGGGCAUAAGCCACGACCCGCUCGGACUAGUCUUGUCCUGGAACACGUCCACGCUCUUGUUGGACACCAAUGCCUGCCCCAACUGGCGCGGGAUAGUCUGCGAAGAAGGCUCCGGCAACGUCACCGGCAUCGUCCUCAAGAGCUUGGGCCUCGGCGGCGAUUUGAAGUUCCACACUCUUGCCGGCCUCAAGAUGUUGAAGAAUCUCAGCGUGUCAGGCAACCACUUCACGGGCAGGGUCGCCCCGGUGCUGGGAACUAUCACUACGUUGCAGCAUUUGGAUCUGUCCGAUAACAACUUCUACGGCCCGAUUCCGGCCCGGAUGAACGACUUGUGGGGGCUUAAUUAUCUGAAUUUAUCUUCUAACAAUUUCAUCGGCAGGUUUCCGAGCGGAAUUCGGAAUUUACAGCAACUGAAAGCGUUGGAUUUGCAUAGGAAUCAGCUGCGGGGUAACAUUGGUGAUGUAUUAUCGGAGUUGAGAAAUGUAGAGUCUGUGGAUUUCAGUUACAACAGGUUUUACGGUGGGCUAUCAAUGGGUUCGGAGAAUAUUUCCGGCUUAGCUAAUACAGUUCGUUCUUUGAAUCUGAGCCAUAACGAAUUGAAUGGUGAGUUAUUCAAGAGUGAAGUCAUCGGAUUGUUCCGGAACUUGGAGGUUUUAGAUUUGGGAUAUAAUCGGAUUAGUGGAGAGCUACCUUCAUUAGGGUCGUUGCCGAGUUUGAGGGUUUUGAGGUUGGGGGGUAAUCAGUUGUUUGGGUCGAUACCGGAGCAAUUGUUAGAUAGUUCUGUGCCACUGGAGGAAUUAGACCUUAGUGGCAAUGGGUUUACAGGUCCAGUUCUUGGGAUUAAUUCCACAACUUUGCAUUCUUUGAAUCUUUCGUCAAAUGGUUUAUCCGGCUCUUUGCCCAAUUUUGUGAGAAGUUGUAAAAUAAUGGACUUAAGCAGAAAUUCAAUCUCUGGUAACAUCACUAUCAUGCAAAAUUGGGUGACCGUGCUGCAGGUUCUUGAUUUGAGUUCCAACGAACUGUCAGGAAGCAUUCCAAACUUGACUUCUCAGUUUGAUAGCAUAACAACUCUUACUCUGAGAAAUAAUUCCCUAGUAGGUACCUUGCCUCCAAUACUGGGAACCUAUCGUAGCUUGUCCUCAGUUGACCUCAGUUUAAAUAGACUUAGUGGGCCGAUUCCUGGCAGUUUCUUCACUGCAGUAACAUUGACAAGCCUAAAUCUUUCAGGAAAUAAUUUUUCCGGGAAUAUUCCUCUUCAAAGCUCACAUGCAAGUGAGUUAUUAACUCGAACUCCAUAUAUGCAGAUGGAAUAUCUUGACCUCUCCGAUAAUUCCUUAACAGGUUCCUUGCCUACUGACAUAGGUGACAUGGCAAGUCUCAAACUAUUGAAUCUAGCAAGGAAUGUCUUUUCAGGACAGCUACCAAAUGAAUUGAGCAAACUUGCUAGCCUGGAGUACCUUGAUCUAUCUAAAAACAAAUUCAAGGAAACUAUUCCCAAAAAUCUUCCGUCCAGCUUAAAUGUAUUUAAUGUGUCCUACAAUGAAUUAUCCGGUGAUGUUCCAGAAAAUUUGAGAAGGUUUCCUCCAUCUUCAUUUCAUCCUGGAAAUGAGUUGCUCAACGGAGUAAAUGGUUUUCCAAGAACUUCUGUUCCAGAUAGUAUUCAUUCUCCAGGGAAACAGCAUACUUCUAAGGGGACUGUUAGAUUGGCAAUCAUUCUUGCCUCGGUUGGUGCUGCUAUGAUGAUUGUUUUUGUCUUAGUGGCUUAUCACCGAGCACAUCUUAAAGAAUUCCGUGGAAGAAGUGGAUUUAGUGAUCAAGAUACAGGGGGAAAUGUUAAGUUAGGAAGAUUUGCCCGGCCUUCCCUCUUCAAGUUUCACAGGAAUGUUGAGCCCCCACCCACUUCCUUGAGUUUUUCAAAUGAUCACUUGCUGACUACAAAUUCAAGGGCAUUACCUGGGCAGGCAGAGUUACUAACUGAAACUGGUGAGCAUGUUUUGCCUGAAGGAGUAGCAACUAGUUCAGCUUCCAUGAAUCCUAGUGUGCUGGAUAAUCAUCCUGCAACAUCUGGAAGGAAGUCCUCCCCAGACUCCCCAUUAGCUUCCUCACCCCGUUUUAUAGAGGUGUCUGAACAACCUGUCAUGUUGGAUGUGUACUCGCCAGAUAGGUUGGCUGGAGAACUGUUCUUCCUGGAUGCUUCGCUGGCAUUUACUGCUGAGGAGUUAUCUCGUGCUCCGGCAGAAGUGCUUGGCAGAAGCAGCCAUGGCACACUGUAUAAAGCUACUCUAGACAGUGGACAUUUUUUGACUGUGAAGUGGUUACGGGUGGGACUUGUAAAGAAUAAAAAGGAAUUUUCUAGAGAAGUUAAAAGAAUUGGCUCUAUAAGACAUCCAUGUAUUGUUCCAUUACGAGCAUACUAUUGGGGGCCAAGAGAACAAGAGAGGCUUCUUUUAGCAGAUUACGUACGGGGAGAUAGCUUGGCCCUACAUCUUUAUGAAACUACACCUCGUAGAUACUCCCCAUUAUCGUUCAGUCAAAGACUAAAGAUUGCCAUGGAUGUUGCUCACUGCCUGUUAUACCUUCAUGAUAGAGGUCUGCCACAUGGAAAUCUGAAACCAACAAAUAUACUCCUGGAAGGUCCUGAUUACAAUGCCCGCCUUACUGAUUAUGGUCUUCACAGGCUUAUGACGUCGGGUGGCAUUGCGGAGCAAAUAUUAAAUCUUGGAGCACUUGGAUACUGUGCUCCAGAACUUGCUACUGCUGUUAAACCAGUUCUGUCAUUCAAGGCAGAUGUCUAUGCACUUGGAGUGAUUAUAAUGGAACUGUUAACCCGGAGAAGUGCUGGUGACAUAAUAUCAGGCCAGUCGGGAGCUGUUGAUCUUACAGAUUGGGUUCGACUAUGCGAUCAGGAAGGACGGAGAAUGGAUUGUAUCGACAGAGACAUUACAGGUGGGGAAGAAACUUCCAAAGCAAUGGAUGAAUUGCUCGGAGUCUCGAUCAGGUGUAUUCUCCCAGUAAAUGAGAGGCCUAACAUCAGACAAGUCUUGGACGAUCUCUCUUCUGUAUCUGUUUGAAAAUUUUUGUACAUGGGUCUUGGAAUUAGUUUUUUUGGUUCCUUGACACCCCCUCCCCCCCAAUGUUUCUCUUAAUUCUUUUCUCCUUAAUUGGUUUCAAGCCUUGUGAUUUUGGGCUAAAUGAUCAAAUUCUUUUGUUAUUUUGAAAAUCUUCUUGUAAAGAGACCUGCAUCCGUUGAUUAUUUGACAGUCAGUGCUUGGGUUUGAUCUAAAUUGAGAAGGAUUUUGAUUCUUUUGGGUUCUCA